ACCCAUGACUCGAACGGCCGUCGAGCCCAAACCUAGCGAUCGCAGAGAGUUGCGCCCGGACCCCGGACCGCGCCGACCCGGCUCGCAAACUCCUCCACAACCCUCGUCGCCGCCGGCUGCUCCACCCCCGCCACCGCCAUGGGACGAUGGUGUCGCAGCUGGUGAAGCACGAGCGCAUCGAGACCACCGUUGCCAAGGCGAAGGAGGUUCGGCGGAAGGCGGAUCAGAUGGUGCAGCUAGGGAAGGAGGGUACUCAGCAUGCAGCAAGACGUGCUGCUGCCUUUGUUCGGGGUGAUGAUGUCGUUCAUAAGCUAUUUACUGAGCUGGCCUUUCGCUACAGAGAUCGAGCUGGGGGCUACACAAGAAUGUUAAGAACCAGGAUACGUGUUGGUGAUGCUGCUCCAAUGGCAUACAUCGAGUUCGUGGAUAGGGAGAAUGAGCUUCGAGAGGCCAAACCUGCAACGCCGCCGCCUCCUCAACGAGUCCCUCUUGAUCCAUGGGCCAAGUCACGUGCUAGCCAACAGUGGGCAGGACCUAAAAUCACCAAGAGCUCGGAAACGGACGGCUUAUGAGCUAGUAUACCUAUGUUCCAUAGAAAGUUUCAGUUAUUUUGCUUAAGAGAUUUUUUUAUCUAGAGAUAUCUGCCGAUAGAAUAAUUCAAACUUUAUUGUCAUUUUGUAUGCUUCUAAUUCACCGAGUGAAGAUUGCAAGGCUGUGUCCAAACAGGAGGAAGUUUGGAACGAGAGAGAUGUAUCUCUGCUUUGCUUAUUGGAGUUGUAACAGAUCCAACUACAUGAUCAAAUUCGUGUAUGCAUCAGUCUGCCAGUCCUGUGUGGCUGUGUCCGUGGAUCGUUAUGUCAGAUUAGUUUCUGA